GUGCGGUCGACCAGGCGGCCGUGGCGCGGGUGGCGGCUGCUGUGGUGGCUGUGGGGACGGAGGCGGUGAAGUGCCAUCUUCGGCUAGGUCGUCACAGGCUUCGGCUCAUGGCAUCGAGUAGCAUCUAUUAUAAGAUCAUUUACUGAAGACAAUAUGCAAAAUUCUCACAUGGAUGAAUACAGAAAUUCUAGUAAUGGCAGCACAGGCAAUAGUUCAGAGGUAGUGGUAGAACAUCCUACUGAUUUCAGUACUGAGAUUAUGAAUGUUACAGAAAUGGAACAGUCACCUGAUGACUCUCCCAGUGUGAAUGCAUCUACAGAAGAAAGUGAAAUGGCAAGUGCUGUGGACCUUCCAGUAACGCUGACAGAAACAGAAGCAAAUUUCCCUCCAGAAUAUGAAAAAUUUUGGAAAACUGUGGAAAAUAAUCCUCAGGAUUUUACAGGCUGGGUAUAUUUGCUUCAAUAUGUAGAACAGGAGAAUCACUUGAUGGCUGCCAGGAAAGCAUUUGACAGAUUUUUCAUACACUAUCCAUAUUGCUAUGGUUACUGGAAAAAGUAUGCGGACCUUGAAAAGCGGCACGACAACAUUAAACCAUCAGAUGAGGUGCGUUAAACCUCUACAGUUUGUCAAGCUUUGCAGUGCAAGCCUCUGUAUUACACUGCAGCUUAACAAACGCUGUCAUUGAUGCUCUAAUGGGUCUGUGCCCUAUGGUCUGUAACCCAAAGCCUGCCCACACAACCCGGUCAGAAUGCAGGGACUGCUGCGCUUUGAAGAUCAAGACUCUGCACGUGGGGAUCAGAACAUUGCCAUGUUCUAUCCAACCUCCACCCAAAUGGUUUAUCGGCGGGGGCUUCAGGCAAUACCUCUUAGUGUUGACCUUUGGAUACAUUAUAUAAACUUCUUAAAAGAAACAUUGGACCCUGGUGAUCCUGAGACAAACAAUACAAUAAGAGGAACUUUUGAGCAUGCUGUUCUAGCUGCAGGAACAGAUUUCCGUUCUGACAGACUGUGGGAAAUGUAUAUAAACUGGGAAAAUGAGCAGGGAAACCUGAGAGAAGUUACAGCUAUAUAUGAUCGUAUUCUUGGUAUUCCAACACAGCUGUAUAGUCAUCAUUUUCAGAGAUUUAAAGAACAUGUACAGAAUAACUUGCCUAGAGAUCUUUUAACUGGUGAACAGUUUAUUCAGUUGCGAAGGGAGUUAGCUUCUGUAAAUGGACAUAGUGGUGAUGAUGGUCCCCCUGGUGAUGAUCUACCAUCGGGAAUUGAAGACAUAACUGAUCCUGCAAAGUUAAUUACAGAAAUAGAAAACAUGAGACAUAGAAUCAUUGAGAUUCAUCAAGAAAUGUUUAAUUAUAAUGAGCAUGAAGUUAGUAAAAGGUGGACAUUUGAAGAAGGUAUUAAAAGACCUUACUUUCAUGUGAAACCUUUGGAAAAGGCACAACUAAAAAACUGGAAAGAAUACUUAGAAUUUGAAAUUGAAAAUGGGACUCAUGAACGAGUUGUGGUUCUCUUUGAAAGAUGUGUCAUAUCAUGUGCCCUCUAUGAGGAGUUUUGGAUUAAGUAUGCCAAGUACAUGGAAAACCAUAGCAUUGAAGGAGUGAGGCAUGUCUUCAGCAGAGCUUGUACUAUACAUCUCCCAAAGAAACCCAUGGUGCAUAUGCUUUGGGCAGCUUUUGAGGAGCAGCAGGGUAAUAUUAAUGAAGCCAGGAAUAUCUUGAGAACAUUUGAAGAAUGUGUUCUAGGAUUGGCAAUGGUUCGUUUACGAAGAGUAAGUUUAGAACGACGGCAUGGAAAUCUGGAAGAAGCUGAACAUUUACUUCAGGAUGCCAUUAAGAAUGCCAAAUCAAAUAAUGAAUCUUCAUUUUAUGCUGUCAAACUAGCCCGGCAUCUUUUCAAAAUACAGAAAAACCUUCCAAAAUCAAGAAAGGUGCUUUUGGAAGCAAUCGAAAGAGACAAAGAGAAUACAAAGUUAUACCUCAAUUUACUUGAAAUGGAAUAUAGUGGUGACCUCAAACAAAAUGAAGAAAAUAUCCUAAAUUGUUUUGACAAAGCUGUACAUGGUUCAUUACCUAUUAAAAUGAGAAUUACAUUUUCUCAGAGAAAAGUGGAAUUUCUUGAAGAUUUUGGUUCUGAUGUUAAUAAGCUUCUGAAUGCUUAUGAUGAACAUCAAACACUCCUAAAAGAACAGGAUUCUUUAAAAAGGAAAGCAGAAAAUGGAUCAGAAGAACCAGAGGAAAAGAAAGCACACACAGAAGAUACAACUUCAUCAUCUACACAGAUUGAUGGUGAUUUACAGGCAAACCAAGCUGUAUAUAAUUAUAGUGCAUGGUAUCAAUACAAUUAUCAGAAUCCUUGGAAUUACGGACAAUAUUAUCCUCCCCCUCCAACCUGAUGGGAAAAAUGUAAAUUUCAAAUGGAGUGUGUGAAAAGUAUGAAAUUAUUAUUUUUUUUAAUGAGGGAUGUAAACAGUAUAAGCUUGUUGUAUUUGAAAACCUGUCUUCCUUGUUUCUGUGUAACAUGAUUUGUUUAGUAAUAGGGGAAAAAUGUCAAUUAGUAGCUUACCACAGAUACUGAUACUGUUUCCUACCAUUUAUAAAAUUUACUUUUUAUUGAAGAACUAUUUUUUGAUUUUUGCAUUAAGUGGUCUAGAAUUCUUUUGCAAUGCAUUUGCAACAGAAUUUUGUAGCCUUAAGGGGUAGGAAGAAAAACCUGACUGCAAAUCAUGUCAGUGUAGUACAAAAUUCUGACAACACAUAAGGGCUGGUUAUUAAGGAUUUACCUCUUUUUUUUUUUUUUUAAAAAAAAGGACUUCAACCUUUGCUAUCAAGGUUUUGUCUGUUUCAGUUAUACUUGUGAAUUGUGAUCUAGCGGCAGAAAGGAUAUAUUAUUAAAAUACUAUGCUUUGGAAUAGAGAGAUUAUAAAUGAGAAAAUGGAAUGUUUGCAUCCCUUUAAAAAUGAAAAUCAUAUCAAAAGUAUGUUGUUUCAGGAGACUUUGUAUUUAGAAUAUUCAUGUAAAACUUGUGAACAAGCUUUCAUUUUGAUCAAACUGAUCAUCUUCAUUUUUGUAAUAAAAUGGAAGACUCAUCCAGUAA